AGGCCUGCAUCUUUGAAAAUGGAAUCCACAGUUGAAAGAUGAAGAUACCGGAGAGAGAUACCAUUAUGCGAGAGGCAUCGUCCCCAGUGGCAGGCGGAGGCCCCUCAUCAUUUCCCGCACGGAACAAUUAAAAAUUCACAUAUCACGCGGCCCCUUCUCAAGUCUUACUACAGUAUUAUAUUAGCCUUGCUCAUUAUUCAGUUCAAUAAUGCUUCUUCAUCUUCUUUCUUACUACACAAGCAGCCUUUAUCGCCCCACAAGCAGCCUUUCUCGCCCUUCCCAUUUCAGGUUAAUUAGUGCGAGGAGAGAAAUGAGUCUUGAAAAUUCGCAUUUAAAUGUCCAAAGGACUCUUGCUUUUCGAUUGUGUACUGUGUCCAGUUACAAAACUGAGUUGCUAGAAAUUUGCUCUGAUGAUCCCAAACUUCAUGUUCUAUUUAUUCCUGGAAAUCCAGGUAUUGUAUCAUUUUAUAAGGAUUUUUUGGAAUCACUAUAUGAGUUUCUUGGAGGGAGUGCAUCUGUUACAGCUAUUGGACAUAUAUCUCACACCAAAAAGAACUGGGAGCAUGGCAGGUUGUUCUCAUUACAACAACAAAUUGAUCACAAGGUGGAUUUCAUCGAACAGGAGCUGAAAAACACUGGGGUUCCUAUAGUGCUGGUUGGGCAUUCUAUUGGUUCCUACAUAUCUAUUGAAACACUAAGGAAGACUCCAGAGAAGGUCAAAUAUUGCAUAGGACUUUAUCCAUUUUUAAUGUUGAACCCUCUAUCAGAGAAGCAGACUGAUAUCAAGAAAGUCGCUGAGUCUUCGAUUCUUUCUGCUUUGCUUAGUUUCAGUAUGGCAUCAGUCGGAUUGCUACCUAGGUGUGCUUCAAGAAUAAUUGUGUCAAACUCUAUAGGGAAGUCAUGGUCUGCUACUGCUGUUGAUGCUGCUUGUAGUCACUUGCUACGGUAUCAUACCUUCCGGAAUAUGAUUUUUAUGGCAUUGACAGAAUUCAGAAAGCUUUCGGAAACACCAGAUUGGGCAUUCAUGAGAGAAAAUCAGAGUAAAAUGGCAUUCUUAUUUGGUGUUGGUGAUCACUGGGGUCCACUGGAAAUGUUUGAUGAGAUUGCUGAGCAGGUCCCUGGUAUUGCUCUAUCAAUAGAAAGGGAAGGCCAUACUCAUAGUUUCUGUUGCAGUGAGGCUGGUUCAGUGUGGGUUGCUCAGUAUGUAGCAAGCUUGAUAAAGAAUCAAUUGUUAAGCUGAAACCAGUAAACUGAGCCACCUUGCAUAUUUUAAACAGUUGCACAGAUGAUGAUAAUUAUUCAUCUCAUUCUUUUUAUUGACAUUUUAAAUCUGUAUGUGGAUAAGAUUGUUAAUUUGGUGUAUUUUCUGAAAAAAUUAUUUCCAUUUUUUUAUUUUUAUUUUGAUGACUUGUGAUUUGUGGCUGUAUUCAUCAGCUAUUUCAAUUCCAUCUUGUAUCGAGUUUGAUUAUUGAUGAUGAAGAUGAAUGGUCUCUGAAA